AUGGCCAUCAGAGCGUCGGCGGCGUUUGCCACGCGGUCCGAGCGCGCGCUGGUGCUGAGCGUCGUACGCGAAGACUUUGGCGACCUGGCGGGACGAGUGGCGGAGACGCUGCUGCGCGCCGAGGGACUGCGGCUCUCUGAGGUCGCUGCCAAACUGCAGCGUCCGACGACGUCCCACGCGCCGCCGUCUUCAGUGCACCACAUCACAGGUGCUCUACUCAAGUUGCUGCAGCACAAUUUACUGGACGUGACACCCGUGGCUGGUCGAAGCGAUGGCGUCCAGAUUGUGACGUACAAGGUGAACGUGCAGGAAGCUCUGUACCGUCUGCGGUUCCCCAAGUUUAUCCAGCAAGCGAACGAAUCGUUUGGAGUAGCUGGUCAAGUGAUCAUGGAGGAAGUUCUGCUGCAAGGCCGUGUGCGCAUGGACCAGUCGCUCGAGACGAUGGCGUACAACUUGGCGGAUCAGCGACGUCUCGAUCGGAAAAAAGGACAUGCGCAGGAGGGCGGGGACCAGUCUUGUCGAAUGAUAGAGAGUGAAGCAGAAGAAGAGGAAGAAGUGAGUGAACACGAGCUAGACGAGUGCCGAGACCAGGUGCGAGAGGUGUUUGUCGAGAUGGCUAAGAAGCGCUACAUUUCGAGAGUGCACCCGCUGGAAGUGAAGGUGGUGGAUCCGAAAGAGGCCCCGGACUUUCCGGCGAGUAUAACGCGUGGACAGGAGAAGAGCAGAGCGACCAAUGCAAACAUUGAUGGAACCACUGCUACGACUGAUGCCGACAAGAAACGAGGUACUGCUGUGGAUGAGGACGGUUUGACCGUGCGAAAAAAGAAGCGAAAGGUUCCGUCACAACAGUCUGGAAAUGCCAUCCCGGUAGAGCUGCAAAUGAUGCUGGACGCCGACGAGGCAGCUCGAAACGAAAAAGACGACUUGGAAGCUGAGUGGGAGCCGAGUCCUGCGUCGACUGGUCGUGCGUCCAAGCGCAAGAAAAGCGCAAAGCGCGCGAAGUUACCUACGCGGGGUUCAUUGUCGAAGAAUGCGACUGCCGGGGGUGAGACAAGCGGUGAAGACGUGUCCGAAGGAUCUGGAGCCCACACAGACGAGCAGUCGUUGGUAUGGCGUUUCGGAGUCACGCAGUUGCUGCGUGACUUGCGCCACAAGGCAUGCAUUAGGUUUGCUACAGAGAAUGUGAACGCUGUAGCUGGCGCUGUCGUUGCCGCCAUGCUUCAGCACUCGUCCCCACACGAACGUGAGAAGGACGAGCCGACUUCAUUUCCGGUGUCGGCACGCGAACUAUUUGAAAAGGAGAGUGUAAAGAAAGCGCUUCCUGCUGAGGCUAACAACCCGUGGCGACUGCUACUGAACUACAUGAUGGUCAUGUGCCGGGACAAGUCGGGCAUGGUGAUGAAGGUGGCGCAUGAGGUAUUUGACUCGACUCAGGCUCGUGCCGGUGAUGGCGGUCGAUAUGUAGUACACAUGCAAAAGAUCGUAGAGUUCUUACAACACGCCACGACUCACGCGUACAUCCAGGAAAAGUACGGCGUUGCCAGCGCCCGCAUCGUGCGCUUGCUUUUGGAGAAGCGUCAAUUGGAACAAAAGACCAUCGGUGAGCUGGCGCUGCUGCCGUCUAAUGAUGUGCGGCACCGCUUGUAUGAGCUGUAUACCGACAAGCUGCUGAUACUGCAGGAAAUUUCGAAGCGUGCAGACCACAACCCAGCCUUUACGUUUUAUUGCUGGUCCGUGGAUGUGCCGAAGAUGCAGGCGCGUAUUGCGGAUCGCGUGCAGGAUUCGUUGUGUCGUCUCCGUCGUCGACGUAAGUUUGAAGCGGAAGAGAACAAAGAGCUUAUUGCGCGGUCGGAACAGCUGGUUGAAGCCAACGAUCUGGACAAGUUUGACAGGCUCAGCCGUUCAUUAGACCGCCUUGAUCGGGCCGUGAUUCACUUGGAUGGUAUGCUCAUGCUGUACCGCGACUUUAAGUGUACCUGGAAUGAGAUGCGCGUACCAAGGUGA